AACUAUGCUUAAAUUUCUCCUAUUAAUGUGCAUAACGGUUGUUAUUUAUGUGCAUAACGGUUGUUAUGUUCAAGUUCUUGUCGGUGUGAGCGAGUCCCUGAGAAUUGAUUGGUUGGUUGGUGACGUCAUCCAGAGGGCGUGGUCUUGGGGACAGGUAACUGCAACGGUGUUAAUGUCGGAAGAAAUCUUCAGUCGUCUCUCUCGUUACAGAAACAGAGUGAAGACGACAAGAAACAGUGUUCCUCUCAGCGCCUGACCCUCACCUCUUCACCUGGAGUGAGAAAUUUUUAUUAGGACAGUUGCUGAAGUUUUACUGCUGCGGAAACCUCCAGUGGUCUUCCUCCAUGAUGUCCCUGAGUGUCCGCUGAAGACAGGAAGGUGGCAUCCUAUCACAGUUCCACGCUGGAAUUCACUGAGCUCCUGAGAGCGACCCAUUCUUUCACAAAUGUUUGUAAAAAACAGUCUGCAUGCCUAGGUGCUUGAUUUUAUACACCUGUGGCCAUGGAAGUGAUUGGAACACCUGAUUCUGAUUAUUUGGAUGGCUCUGCCUGAGAGUCUGAGACGACUGCAGUCCUUCACAACCAGCCUGCAGGGUUCUGCUCUGAAACCAACUAUAAUUCAUCCAGACUGGAGCAGAUAACACCUUGCAAACAAAAUGGCGUCUAAGUGUUUAGAGGAGGAAUUAUCCUGUCCUGUUUGCCAUGACAUCUUCAAGGAUCCUGUUGUUCUACACUGCAGUCACAGUUUGUGUAGAGUGUGUGUGGAGAAGUGCUGGGACACCAAAGGAUCCAGAGAAUGUCCUCUUUGUAGGAUGAAGUCACCUACUUCUGAUCUUCCUUCAAGUCUAGUCAUAAAGAACAUGUGUGAAACUUUCCUACAGGAGAGAAAUCAGAGCUCUUCAUCAGGGUCUGGAACAGUCUGCAGUCUGCACAGUGAGGAACUCAAACCCUUCUGUCUGGACUAUCAACAGCCGGUGUGUGAGGAGGAGCUCAGAACUGAACUAAAGCUCCUGCAGGAGAAACUGAAGAUCUUUAAAGACUGUAAACUGAACUGGAAUCAGACUGCAGAACAUAUAAAGAUUCAGGCCCAACAAACAGAGCGUCAGAUUAAGGAGCAGUUUGAGAAGCUUCACCAGUUUCUACGAGAUGAAGAGGCAGUCAGGAUCGCUGCACUGAGAGAGGAAGAGGAGCAGAAGAGUCAGAUGAUGAAGGAGAAGAUUGAGAAGCUGAGUAGAGACAUAUCAUCCCUUUCAGACACAAUCAGAGCCAUAGAAAAGGAGAUGAGAGCUGAGGACGUCCUGUUCUUACAAAACUACAAGGCCACAGUGAAAAGAGCCCAGUGCACACUGCAGCAUCCAGAGGAGCUUUCAGGAGCACUGAUUCAUGUGGCACAACAUCUGGCCAACCUGAAGUUCAGAGUCUGGGAGAAGAUGCAGGACACUGUCCAGUACACACCUGUAACUCUGGACCCUAACACUGCUCAUCCAAAACUCAUUGUAUCUGAUGAUCUGACCAGUGUGAGACGCAGUGUUGAGAAACAGAAAGUUCCUGAUAAUCCUGACAGAUUUGAUGAACAGGAGUGUGUACUGGGCUCUGAGGGCUUUAACUCAGGAACACACUGCUGGGAUGUUGAUGUUGGAGACUGUGCACACUGGUUAGUGGGUGUGAUGACAAAAUCUGCUCAGAUGAAGGGGGAGAUAACCUCCAGAAGUGGAAUCUGGGGUAUGUGGUAUAAGACCGGUAAAUAUGCAGCACUUUGUAAAGCACAGUCAUCCUCUCUCCCCUCACUAGAACAGAAACUCCAGAGGAUCAGAGUGAAACUGGACUGGGACAGAGGAAAGCUGUCAUUCUCUGACCCUCUCACUAACACACACAUACACACUUUCACACACACAUUUACUGAGAAAUUACUGCCAUUUUUAUCAAACAAGUAUAAAGAGACAUCUUUGAAGAUCCUCCCAGUUCAGUGCUCUGUGAGUCAGUUAGAGCUGCAUCAGAAAUAAAGUACUAUAAUUAUAAAGUGAAUAUCAUCUAUUUAUGAAAGCUUGUCUUUGUUCAGACUGUUUAUAUUCUUUCAGUCAUGUUUGUUUUGUUGUGUCAACAAUUAUAAUUCGGUUGUUAAUAAUACAGACCUGUAAUGAACAGGAUAAAAAAAACUGUGGGUUAUAUUAGAUUUCAGCACUACUGAAGUAAACUUAACUUCUUGGCUGAUUUUUGGUAGAGUUGAUAUAUUUUUUUAACUUAGGAUUUUAUUGCUCAAAAAACUGCUCAGUGUGACACCAGUGCACUGAAAUACAGCUAUUAAAAUUACAUAUAUAAUGUAAUAGCUAUUAAAAGCAUUAUUAUUAUUAGUAGUAGUAGUAGUAAUAGUAGUAAAAGAGGAGCAGUGUAAAAUGUACAUAAGGCAUUUAUCUGUCUUUUUUAACGAUCCUUACGGGUAUAACGAUACACUCAGGUUAUGAUUUCAAUUCAAUUCUCACAAUUUUUUGUUUCAAGAAAUAUUGUGAUGUAAUUUUUUAUUUUUUUUUAUUAUUAUUUCUGUAUCAAACAAUGUAAAACAAUGUGCAUUUUUG